UUCCAUCAUUCGUCAGGUUACAUUCAUAAGCUUGGUCAGCCCAAUACAUUCAAGCGGAUGGAGCAGGACGAUUUCGAGCCGAUGCGUAAACACAAUGUCUAUUACCCCUUCUCAGAUAGAGCAGAGUGGGAGCUCGCAAAAUUUCUAUGUGACAACUUGAACCAGGGGCAGAUUACCAGGUUUUUAAAGCUUCUCUGGGCGAAGCGGCCACUGUCUUUUAAGACCGCAAAGCAACUCUUCACAUUCAUGGACGCAUUACCAAAGGUUCCUCAAUGGCGGUGUACACCCAUGCAUACUGAUGGAUAU